AUGCCUUCCACACUUGAGUCCCUCGUCUGCUCUCUCGUCCCCAAGGCUAGGAAUGACGUCGUCCUAAGGCAGGAGCUCACAGAGCACUGCCAGGAGAUCCUCAGGCAAAAUGUAGACCCAGACAUAGGACACCUUGCAGACGUGAUCAAGCGGCACCUGCUACAGUCAUCUCCGAAUGGCGUGACGACAUUGCGCUUCACAAAUCUCCUCUCGCGCCUUCUUGACCAGCCGGUUCUAUCAAGGAAACAUGCGUCGCUGUCGUUUCUGCACUCGCUCGCUGUAUCUCCAAAACCGCCAUCUACGCCCUCCGCUUUCUUGCCUUCUCUUGCUCCGCCACCGCCACCCCGACACUCGGCGUACUCUAAUCCGAGCACUCCGGCGGACCCUUCACCCCCGGCGAAAGCCCAGAAGGGCAAGUCAAAAGCCGAAAUCCUUCGUGAAUAUCGUCGAAAGACUGGUCACCCCCAUCUGUCUGAACACCUGAUUUUAAGGGAUACCUUGUACCUAUUGCAAGGCAUUUCCGGGAAAUAUGUACACUUCUCUCCAAGCACCGAUCCGAAUGGAAACAACGAGCUCAUCUUCACAGACGACCCGAGAUACCUUAUUCCAAACCCAACUAAGGCUUUGAUUCACCGGCUCGCCGAGGUGGGCCACCUAUACAUGCGUGUUGAUGCUUUUGUGCAAGAACGCGAAGGCAAAGGUGGGGUAGGGAUGAUCGAGCAGAGCCUGUGCCAUCAUCUGCAGACGCAGUUGACAGAAUACUAUCGUCUCAUUGCUGUCCUCGAGUCGCAAAUGUCCACCACCAACACCGGAACAGAUGCCACAGACCCUGAUGACGUGAAUGUCCGGGAAGAGGAGACAGGUCUCACCCUAAAGCGACUAGACGUUUGGAUAGAGGAUUGGCGCCUGCGAAUGCGUAUGAUGAGUGUUUGCGUGGAAGGCGCUCGCGGUGCGCACGGCGGAGCGCUGGUCAAUCUCAUUCAUGGAUAUGCAGAUAACGGUGAUCCUUUCGUGCGGAAAUUCACCGAUCAACUACUGGAGGAGGUAUCAAAACCAUUCUUCUCAACAUUACACAAAUGGCUCUUUUCCGGCGAACUCAACGACCCAUUCUCCGAAUUCUUCGUCGCUGUGGACCCAGAGCUUGCUCAUCUACAAUAUGUGCAACCAGGAGGUCAUGACGGGUCGGGAGCGCUGGCCAAUGAUAGCGGCUUUGGUGGAUUUGGAGGUGAUGCAGAGGAUUUGUCAGCUGAGCGUGAAGGCGGCCUGAAACUCUGGGAGUCAAAACAUCAGUUCCGCAAAGAGAUGCUACCUGCCUUUGUCGGCGAGGUUUUCGGCAGAAAGAUUUUCUCCACGGGGAAGAGCUUGAACUUCAUCAGGUAUACAUGCCAAGAUAGUGACUGGGUUGCGACAAGGGAGAAGCUCAGCAACACUGGAGGAACUCUCAAGUACAGUGACAUUGCUGGUUUGGAGCGAUCAAUCGACACCGCAUACCAGAUUGCAAGUCAGCGCUUGUUCGAGGUGUUCUUCGAGAAAUACAAGCUCCUAGACCAUCUGCAAGCGCUAAAGCAUUAUCUUCUGCUGGGAUACGGCGACUUCACUGACCAAUUGAUGGAGACACUCUCGCCAAGUCUAACAAGACCAGCAAAUACCCUGUACCGACACAACCUCACCGCCACACUGGAGUCUGCGAUCCGUUCCUCGAAUGCGCAGAACGACCCGCCAGAUGUCUUGCGCCGGCUGGACGCUCGUAUGAUGGAGUACUCGCAUGGCGAGAUUGGCUGGGAUGUAUUCACGCUGGAGUAUAAGGUCGACUCGCCAAUAGACACCGUUCUCGACCCCGAAGCCAUGAUCAAGUACCUCAAGCUAUUCAACCAUCUAUGGAAGAUCAAGCGGAUCGAGAACACCUUGAGCAAUGGUUGGAUGAGAAUUGCUGGAGGUGCGCGAACGUUCUUGAGGGUCCCAGAUCUCGAUCAUGAAUGGCAUCAAAUUCGCAUCGUGAUGGCCGAAAUGAUUCAUUUCAUACGGCAAAUAGAAGCUUACUGCCAGCUGGAAGUAAUAGAGUGCUCGUGGAAGGCCCUCUUUGAGUUCGUGCAGAAGAAGGAAGGCGAUCUGGACGCUCUCAUCGAAAGUCACCGCGUCUAUCUUGACCGUAUGGUCAAGAAGAUCCUCCUGCUGAGCCCCAAAGCCGGUCGGGAAGAGAAUCUUUUGAACCAGGUCCGGGAUGUCUUCACUAUCAUUCUGCAAUUCCGCGAAGCUACAGAUGACUUCUAUAACUACUGCCUUUCUGAGGCUGCUCGACGAGACUCUGAAAAGGAUGCAGAACGUGGUCUCUACACGUACGCUGAAAGGGCGACCGAUAGAAGAUACAACCCAGAGGCUGUCCAUGAUAUUCUGGGUCGCGUACGAGAAUAUGGAUCGUCAUUCUCUGACCGUACACAAACCAUCGUUCAAGCACUACAGGUUCAUGCCGACCUGGACUGCCGCUUUCUGGCUGUCCGCCUGUCGUUUUCAGACUUCUAUAGAACGCGCAAGGAACAGCAACAGCGGUCAUGA